AUGGCUCUUUCGGACUCUGACGAUGAUGACGAAUCUGAAGACGAGGAGGAAAGCGAGGACGAGGCCCCCGGCGCCCUUUCUUCCUAUGCAGUAGCACAAGGCAACAAGAAGAAGCAUCUUUCGGAUUUUGAGGCUUUUGAUGAAGGUGACGAGAAUACCACUGUGGAGAAGAUGAAGACCAUCAUGGCACUCCGUGAGACUCUUGGUAUGGAUGAAGAUACGCAGUGGUUGAUAGAGGAGAAGCGAAAAGAAGAAGAGAAGAAACGUCAGGAAAACAUGACCAUGGAAGAAAAGACUGCCGCAUCGGGUGACAUGAUGGCCCGUAUUCGAGCGAAACACAUGGCCAAGCAACAAGAGUUGGAAGCCGAGCAGGAGAAAGCCAAUGAAGAAAAGCGUGCCUUGAGAGCCAAGGCUGCCUUGGAAGCGGCGGCCAAAGACUCGGAUGAUGAAGACGACAGCGAUGACUCGGAUGCACCCAAAAAGAAGAAAAAGAAGAAGAAACCCAAAAAGGCGGAAUCAUCCGAUGAAGAAGAGGAAGAAGAGGUUGUCAAGAAGAAGAAAAAGAAGAAAAAGAAAAAGGCAGAGACUGAUGAUGAAGAGGAGGAGCCAGAGGAGCCACCUCCAGAAAAGAAGAAAAAGAAAAAGAAGAAAAAGGCAGACUCGGAUGAGGAAGAGGAGCCAGAGCCAGAAGAGGAGGAAGUCAAAAAGAAGAAAAAGAAAAAGAAGAAGAAAGCAGAGACUGACGAUGAGGAGGACGAGCCACCUCCAGAGGAGAAAAAGAAGAAAAAGAAAAAGAAGAAGAAAGCAGCGGAUUCGGACGAUGAUGAGUAG